UCGCAAACCCUAAAUCUCGUCGUUCUCCAUCUUUCAUUUCGGAAGCGCAACCAUGAGAGAGAUCUUGCACGUUCAAGGUGGCCAAUGCGGCAACCAGAUCGGCUCCAAAUUCUGGGAGGUCAUUUGCGACGAGCACGGCAUCGAUUCCACCGGAAAAUACAACGGCGAAGGGAAUUCCGAUAUCCAACUUGAGAGGAUCAAUGUGUAUUACAAUGAGGCUUCUGGUGGCAGGUAUGUUCCCAGGGCUGUGCUUAUGGAUCUUGAACCUGGUACCAUGGAUAGUAUCAGAUCUGGACCCUUCGGCAAGAUCUUUCGCCCUGACAACUUCGUCUUUGGCCAGUCUGGUGCCGGUAAUAAUUGGGCCAAAGGUCAUUAUACUGAAGGUGCCGAGUUAAUUGACUCUGUUCUUGAUGUUGUUCGCAAAGAGGCCGAAAACUGUGACUGCUUGCAAGGUUUUCAAGUUUGCCACUCGCUCGGAGGAGGCACGGGUUCUGGCAUGGGAACACUGUUAAUAUCAAAGAUUAGGGAGGAAUACCCAGACAGAAUGAUGCUCACAUUCUCUGUUUUCCCAUCUCCAAAGGUUUCUGAUACGGUUGUGGAGCCAUACAAUGCCACGUUAUCUGUACACCAACUGGUAGAAAAUGCAGAUGAGUGCAUGGUUCUUGACAAUGAAGCACUUUAUGACAUUUGCUUCAGGACAUUAAAACUCAGCACCCCUAGCUUUGGUGAUCUGAACCAUCUGAUUUCUGCAACUAUGAGCGGGGUUACCUGUUGUCUGAGGUUUCCUGGACAACUGAACUCUGACCUCAGGAAGCUGGCUGUCAAUCUGAUUCCAUUUCCACGUCUUCAUUUCUUUAUGGUGGGGUUUGCUCCUCUCACUUCUCGUGGGUCUCAGCAGUAUGUCUCCCUUACUGUCCCAGAACUGACUCAGCAAAUGUGGGACUCCAAAAAUAUGAUGUGUGCUGCUGAUCCCCGACAUGGCCGAUACUUAACGGCAUCUGCAAUGUUCAGGGGAAAGAUGAGCACCAAAGAGGUGGAUGAACAAAUGAUAAAUGUGCAGAACAAGAAUUCGUCAUACUUUGUUGAAUGGAUUCCCAACAAUGUGAAGUCCAGUGUGUGUGAUAUUCCACCCAAGAAUUUGAAGAUGUCAUCUACCUUUAUCGGGAACUCAACAUCAAUUCAGGAGAUGUUUAGGAGGGUGAGUGAGCAAUUCACUGCCAUGUUCCGGCGCAAAGCCUUUUUGCACUGGUAUACUGGGGAAGGAAUGGACGAAAUGGAGUUCACAGAGGCAGAAAGUAACAUGAACGAUUUGGUAGCAGAAUACCAGCAAUAUCAGGACGCAACAGCCGAGGAGGAGGAUGAGUAUGAAGAUGAGGUUGACGAACACUAUGAGGAGCAGUAGCUGGAUCAAGCUUGGCUAUAAUGCCCUUAUGUUACCGACACUGAUCCAGAUUUGCUGCUAUUCGUGUGUCUACAGCUAUAUGCACUCUUAUUUCUCUCCUGCUUUCUUACAUUUUGCUGAUUUAUCUUUUAAAUGUAUUACUUUUAAAUUGUUUGAAAUGUGCCCCGUCAGACAAUAGUUGAUUCUCGUAUUCUUAUGCAUGUAAGUGUAUGAAUAUCCUCCCAAUUCACUUUGCAUUAAGGGCUGGGGCUUUCCUAGUUUUCCUUUACCUUCAAUGCCAUCGCCCCGAGGAAAUGGGCUUAAAA